AUGCAGCCCGAAAGCAGCCGACGGUGGGCCGACAUGACAGACGACGACGAUCAGGCGACCGGCUGGGAGUUCGAAGCGUUCAAGAAGGACUACCUGGCGAGGAGAUGCAGCCUGACACUUCUGACGCCCGUGCAUGCCCCAGGCGGAACAAUCAAGAUCGACGAGGCGCGCUGCCUGGAAAACCUCCCCGACAACCGCACCUCGACGGGACACGACCCCGCCCUCCGGCGCGAAGCCAAGAACACCCCGACGGAAGAAGGCAUCACGGCCCCCAAAAAGCCACUGCCGCGCCAGCCACGAUGGACGGCCGACGACGAGAGAGCCCUGGAUCGAGCUUUCCAGCGAGCAGAGGCCGACAGAGCCGCCGAGGCAACACCGCCAAGAAACGAAGCCGGGGAAGCGGCAAAGCUCGCAAGGAAUGCCGCUGAACCAUCUCACGAAGAACCGGCCGCGCGACGAGGGGGGGCCGAGACGGACUCCGACCACGACACGGAGCCCGGACCCAGCGUCGAGGAGCACUUUCGGGGCAUGCUGGCCAUCAAGAAGAUGUCAGGCGCCGGCAACUGCCUCUUCCACGCGCUCGGAGAGAACACCGGCGAGAGCGGGGCAUGCCUCCGAGCCCUAAUCAUCCAGUACCUCAGAGAGAACGCAGAAGCCGAAGAAGACGAAGAGCAAGUGCAGGCCUGGCUACAGGAAAGCCAAUACCUCCAAAGCGAUCCAGGUCACUGGGGCGGCGACACGGCCAUCAUCGCUUUCACCCGCAUGAGGCAGCAGCGAGUCCUUUUGCACUGGCGGACGCCAAACGGCGACAUCCUCACGAGCGAGCGCACGCACUCGGACGUGGACGAAGCAGCCCAACGCGGGCCGCACGCAGCACCGAACGCCACGGAAGUGAUCCAUCUCUGGUACAACGGCAGGGACCACUACGCCCUGCUGGUGCCCAUAGACCGAGCACC